AUGGCUACCCUAAAGAGGAAAUGAUUUACAGAUGGAGGAAAAACUCAGUGGAGGCUGCUGACCAGAAGUCUUGGAGACUCUAUCAGUUUGACUUUAUGGGUCUCAGAAAUACUUCAGAAAUUGUGAAAACCUCUGCAGGUGAUUAUGUAGUCAUGACUAUAUACUUCGACUUAAGUAGAAGAAUGGGAUACUUUACUAUUCAAACAUACAUUCCCUGUAUAUUAACAGUUGUUCUUUCCUGGGUAUCCUUUUGGAUUAAAAAAGAUGCCACACCAGCAAGAACAGCAUUAGGCAUCACCACAGUAUUGACCAUGACAACUUUGAGUACCAUUGCGAGAAAGUCAUUACCCCGUGUGUCCUAUGUCACCGCUAUGGAUUUGUUUGUGACUGUAUGCUUUCUAUUUGUCUUUGCUGCUCUGAUGGAGUAUGCAACCCUCAACUACUACUCAAGUUGCAGGAAACCAAACUGUACUAAGAAGAAAAAGUCGCUACCUGAUGUCAGUUUUGGUCAUGUGAUGAAUUAUUCUGUGCUUGAUAUGAGACCACCAACUACAGUCAUCACAUUGAACAAUGCCAUGUAUUGGCAAGAAUUUGAAGAUGCGUGUGUCUAUGAAUGUCUGGAUGGGAAAGACUGCCAGAGCUUUUUCUGUUGUUACGAAGAGUGUAAAUCAGGCUCAUGGAGGAGAGGACGGAUUCACAUAGACAUCUUAGAACUGGACUCUUACUCUAGGGUCUUUUUUCCUACAUCCUUCCUGCUGUUUAACCUGGUCUACUGGGUUGGAUACCUCUAUCUUUAA